AUGGCCCUCUCUGACUUCUAUGCCUCUCAUUCUUACUACAACACUAGGCUUGUUCUGCACCAAAGGAAAUCCCCUUCAGAUGUUGUUGUCACAGCUUCUGCAGUAUCCAUUUUCACAUUUGAAACAGCUCUAGACCUAAUAAAGAAUGUUAAAGUGCAAGCAAUUAUAGGACCCGAAUCAUCCACGCAGACCAACUUCGUGAUCAGCCUUGGAGACAAUGCCCAAGUGCCCAUAAUUUCAUUUUCAGCAACAAGCCCAUCUCUCACUGCAAUCAGGAGUCCAUAUUUUCUCAGAGCUGCACAAAAUGACUCAUCCCAAGUGAAAGCCGUAAGUGCCAUCAUCCAAGCCUUUGGUUGGAGAGAAGUAGUGCCCAUCUAUGUUGACAAUGAGUUUGGGGAGGGAAUCAUACCCUCCCUUUCUGAUGCUCUGCAAGAAGUUGAUGCUCGAAUCCCCUACCGGAGUAUCAUUUCUCCAAAGGCCACUGAUGACCAAAUUGCGGCAGAGCUUUACAAGUUGAAGGGAAUGCAAACUCAGGUCUUCAUUGUGCACAUGCUACCUUCUCUUGGCUCUCGGCUUUUCAACAAGGCCAAUCAGAUUGGCAUGAUGGAGGAAGGGUAUGCUUGGAUAAUGACUGAUGGAAUUACCAACUCAUUCAGUUACAUAAAUUCUUCUGUCAUAGAAAAUAGACAAAAAGUCACUUUUGAAAAUAUGCAAGGGGUGUUGGGUAUAAAAACUUAUGUCCCAAAUACAAAAGAGCUUGAAAGUUUUAGAGUUAGAUGGAAAAGGAAAUUCCAACAAGACAAUCCAACUGUCCAUGGUGUUAAACUUGAUGUGUUUGGAUUUUGGGCUUAUGAUGCUGCUUGGUCACUGGCCAUGGCAGUUGAGAAAGUUGGGGCUAAAAACUUCAGCCUCCAAAAGAUGAAUAGGACAUCUGGUAAUUCUAGUACUACUGCUCUAGAAGGAUUUGGGAUCUCUCAAAAUGGUCCUCAACUUGUCCAAGCACUAUUAGCUACAAGUUUCAAAGGCCUUUCAGGAGAUUUCAGUCUUCUUAAUGGCCAACUACAAUCAUCAACUUUUCAGAUAGUUAAUGUGUUUGGCCAUGGAGAGAAAUUGGUUGGAUAUUGGACACCCCAAAAUGGACUUGAAAGAAAAUUAAAUUCAACAAAAACAGGCAGAUAUUCUACUUCUGAUGUUAGUCUUGGAUCCAUUAUAUGGCCUGGAGAUACCACCUCUGCUCCCAAAGGUUGGCAAAUUCCUACAAGCGAUACAAGGCUGACAAUUUUAGUCCCUGUACAGGACGGGUUUUCAACAUUUGUGACCGUGACUUACGAUCCUAAGACUAAUACAUCUACUGUCAAUGGUGGAUACUGCAUAAACGUCUUCGAAGCUGUAAUAAAAUCGUUACCGUACGCUGUUCCUUAUGAGCUCCAUCUGCCUAAUGGUGAGGCCGCUGGCAGUUACAAUGGCUUGGUCAAUCAAGUGUUUCUUGGGAACUAUGAUGCUGCAGUGGGAGAUAUAACCAUUAGAGCAAACAGGUCCUUAUAUGUUGACUUUACAUUGCCAUACACAGAAUCUGGGGUGUUCAUGGUUGUGCCUAUAAAGGACAACAAAAGUAAGACUGCAUGGGUGUUCUUGAAGCCUUUGACAUGGGAACUUUGGGUAACAAGCGGGUGUUCUUUCAUAUUCAUUGGUUUCGUUGUCUGGGUUCUGGAACAUCGGAUAAACAAAGACUUUCGUGGCCCUCCGGAUCACCAAGUUGGCACAAUCUUUUGGUUCACCUUCUCAACCAUGGUUUUCGCACACCGGGAGCGAGUGGUGAGCAACUUGGCUAGAUUUGUAGUGAUCCUAUGGUGCUUUGUGGUUCUCAUACUGACCCAAAGUUAUACCGCCAGUUUAACAUCUCUAUUAACAGUUCAACAGCUCCAACCAACUGUUACUGAUGUAAAUUUGCUCAUCAAGAAUAGGAACAAUGUUGCUUAUCAAAGAGGCUCUUUUGUUUAUGGGAUUUUGAAACAACUAGGCUUUCAGGAUGAGAAUCUUAAGACCUUUAAUACUGCAGAAGAGUUGAAUCAACUUUUUCACAAUGGUAGUAGAAAAUCUGGUAUUUCUGCAGCUUUUGAUGAAACACCCUACAUGAAACUAUUUCUUGCAACAUAUUGCUCGAAAUACACCAUGAUACCUCCAACAUUUAAAGCCGAUGGUUUUGGCUUUGUCUUCCCAAAAGGUUCGCCUCUUGCCCAUGACGUUUCGAGGGCAAUCUUAAAUGUGAGCGAGGGAGAGAAAAUGAAAGACAUUGAGCGCAUAUGGUUCAAGAAAGAUGCAAGUUGUGCGGACCCCAACAGCCUGGUCUCUUCAAGUAGUCUCAGCCUUGAUAGCUUUUGGGGCCUCUUUCUCAUUGCUGGGGUUGCUUCAGCAUUUGCUCUCCUCAUAUUUGUUGCCAUGUUCUUGCAUGCGGAACGUCAGGAGAUCUUGCAGCAACUAAGACGACUUGUUCCAGGAGCCUCAUUGUGGACAAGAAUUUGUGUCGUGUUAAGAAUAUACGACCAAUGGGACCUCCAAUCGUAUACUUUUCAGAAUAAUGGACUUGAAGCACCCUCUGAAGCACCUGCUGCAGUUCCCGCUGCUGCAGGUGCUGUUGCAUUCCUAAAAGGACACAAAUUAAUGUGCAAACAA